CCUGCAGACCUUCGGAGUCCCAUCACCUCUCCCCCCUCUUAUACACGAGACGAAACCCGAUGACAUACACGCACCAUUUGUGGAAUUACUGGCUUCCAUCCCCGGAUUCCUCGAACGACGCCUACGAAAAUUCUAUUUCCGGAACAUCCUACGCUCUCGUUUCCUAGUCAUACCUGUGUUCUAUCAAACAUGAACGAAGAAUCAUUAAAAGUUGCCGCGAUCAUCGAACGGAGACGCGGCGGAUUCGAAAAUACCGCGAGAGCUUGUUGCGUGAGGAUCUCGUGAAUAGCACGCGGCUCGGUUCCGAGAUAAGUCUCCCGCGAAACAAGACGAGAGCGACGAAACUUGACGGAGCAGGACAACGUCGACGAACUGCACAACCUGUAACCUGGUUCGGUGACGUGCGUCGGGACCCGACGAUACCUGCUCGCGGGACUAUGAGAACGCGAAGCAGCAAGCCGCGGGAGCAGCAACGGCAGCGGCGUGCAAGUGGGCGUAGGGGCCAGGAGAGAGAACGUCGUCCCGUGUUCCAUACAUGGCUAUGCUAUGUGAAAACGAGAGACACAGAGAGACGGACGCACCGGCGGCGUCCCCACCGCGUGGACACGGCGGAGGCGACGUUUUCUCGGCACGGGUACCCACCGCAUGCUUGGCGAACAGUGUGUGCCAGCACAACGUUGUCGUACGAUCGUUCCUCAUCCCGCUUUAUAAACUUUACCUUCGUAAUCCCUUCGUGAAAGAGAAGUGUGUCUCGAGGACGUGCAAUUACGCAGGGACGGUGUCACAGGUUUUCGGAAAAAGGGAGCUCCAAGCUCGGAAGAUGCACCCGCCAACACGUCACUGGCGUGGGUGUUCCUGUUCCUCUCGCUUAUUUUGAAUCGAAACUCGCGGCAGACAGCGUGGUCCGCUCGUACGACGCGGUUUCAAAGUUCGCACCGGGUCCGCGCCUAUGGCUCUGUGACAGCUCUCUCGGUUUGGCGAGCGUGCGAUUGGUCCGCUCGUGCUUCACUCACGCCGUUUACGUGUGUCUUGCCUGUAUGCAACAGGCAACGUGGGUUGGAUGCGUGAGUGCGCCUGCGUGAGUGCUACGACGUACCACCCGCGUGUGCGUGAGCCGCGCGUGAAGAGAAGCCGCAGGGGCCGCAAAACCCGGAUCAAAGGGACACACAUUGCCAUAGGAUGCUGUGGAGGUCCGAAUGCCUGGUAAUCUUAUUGUUAGCAACAACAGCGUGGUGCAUGGCCGCAACGAUGGACGAUUUCCGGGAAGACGGUGCGACCACCAACGCGGUGAUCUCGACCACCUCGAUACCGAUAACAACCACAACGGUAUCCACCUUAAAUAAAGUCGAGGGUACGCUGGUUAUUAAUUCGUCAAACACCGUGAAAACUGUGAACGAUGGAAAUAUUCAAGACUCAUCCCACGCGUCCUCGCCCGACACGGUUUGGGAGUGUCCAAAUAUUACAAAAGCAGGCAUCGAGUGCUCCUGCGACUUUCCACAUACGUUGAGAUGCACCGGCGAUAGGACAGCGCUGCAGACCAUCAGCAGACACUUAAGGUUCAGUCGACCAGGGAUGAUCUCUCUGCUGGACGUGACGGUGACAGGAAUUUCCUUACUACCAGCACGUUUCCUAGAGGAUGUCGCGCUCCACGGGCUCGUCAUAUCCACCGGUGAAUUAAGACGCGUUCACGAAAAUGCGUUCAUUGGCAUCGUAACACCUCUUCAAGCACUGGGACUCCCGAACAAUCUGUUAGAUUCCGUUCCAACAGCUGCUCUUUCGUACCUGAUCGGUCUGGAGAAGCUGGAUUUGUCCCAGAAUAAGCUAAAGACUUUGGAAGCUGACUCCUUUAAGGGCUUGUCAAAUUUGACUUAUUUAGACUUGUGCGAUAAUUUACUGUCGCAAUUAUCGCCCCAAGUGUUCGCUGCCCUUCCUACACUGCGGUCUUUGAGGAUGCGCGGCAACCGUCUAAGCGUAUCAGCGUUGUCGGCACUCAGGGGUUUGAGGAGUCUGGAGGAACUCGAUUUGUCGAAUAACUUAUUGUUAGGUCCGAUGGGCCCGAAUCUCCUUCCCCAAAUGCCGCGGUUACGUACCCUGACCAUAUCCGAAAACGAGCUGAUAAAUGUACAGCAAGGAGCCCUCCUAGGAGUGAGGAAUUUAACUUCUCUCAGUUUGAGUCAUAAUCAGAUCGAUGUAUUAGAGGAUCAUUCGUUUAAGUAUUUGUCGACCCUUAUCAGGCUUGAUUUGGCGAACAAUCGGAUCGUUGCUGUGUCGAGCGCUUCCCUAGCGCACUUGGAGAAAUUGACGACUCUGGACCUGACGCACAAUUUCUUGCGAUCCCUGACAGCCGACUUGGUAGUGCCUUUAAAGAGCCUUCAAGAUCUGCGUCUCGAUGAUAACGAUAUCACGAUGGUUGCCAGCGAUGUACCCACUUCCAAGCUGCGACUUAAAAGACUCUCCUUGGCAGAUAAUCCAUUAAACUGUGAUUGCACGCUUUUAGAAUUUGCAAAUUGGUUGAGCAACUCGAGCUUGAACGAGGAGGACAAGUCCUCCGCGGUAUGUGCAACUCCGCCCGCAUUGGAAAACGGUAUAUUGACGCAAGUUUCUCCCGGAAGUCUCCUCUGCGGGGAACCGACGCCACCGAUUAUGACCAGACUCCCCUUGGCUGCUGCUCAAUUAACAUUAAAAGAGUUUCACUAUGACAAAUCGACUGGUAUCAACCUUCUGUGGCAUGUAGAGCCGUGUACGGAGCGAUACACAUGCGACACCUUAAUCGUCUACGAGACUAUAGAUGACAACGAGGUACAAAUGGAUUCCAGUUCGCUUCAUUGCGAUUCACGUAUGAUGAGAGAUCCUUGUUCACUUCCGGUCGCCAUACCUGGUUCGUUGCACCUGCAACCGGGUCAUAAAUAUCGCUACUGCGUGGUACUAUUAGUGCCAACCAGCUACGACGACGUUUCCUUGGGUUUGGGUUGCAGUGACGUGAUCACUCUGGAGGAGACUAAACGGGAACCGCAACAAGACGAAGAACUUGAGGUAUCAGAGCCCUCGGUAGCUUUAGACAUCAGAAUAACUGGUGUGCACGUGAAUAUGUCGGAGCAAGGCUUUUUACACGUUGACGUCAUCUUAUCGACCUCGAAGAAGUCGAACUUACCAGGAUGCGAGUUAUCGGUCGUUGUUUUCGACGCUGAAUCCGCGGUGCAUAAGCAGAAGCUUAACUGCAGCUUGACUUUCAUGACGUUGUCCGUUUUGUUACCCGGUCGCUACAAAGUCUGCGCGAGCCUCGACGAAGUCAACGAGGAGGACGUUAUUGAGAAUUUCAUAGACAACCGCGAUAGACUGCGUUGCGUUGAAGUCCAACGAUUUAAGCAAAAUACAGAGAUCAUUAUUCUGGCGAUAAUAGGCGCCAGUUGCGCGCUGUUAAUCACGCUCGCGGUGAUCGGUAAGAGCGUCGCGAAGAGAGUGAGACAUCCUAGAAUACAGACGCAGUGUUUCCUACCUGCACAGGAAUUCGAGAUCACUCACAAAGCGCAUUAUAUUAAAUUGUUAGCCACAACGAAAGUUUAAUUUACUCUAUAGUUUCCAGUUUUUGUAAAUAAUUACAGCUUAUCGUUGUUAACUAUUUGAAAGUGGGAAUUAAGGAUGUACUGGCUAUACAGUCAAUCCCAAAAGUUUAUGCACUUCAGAAACGCAUUUUUUAAAAAGAAA